AUGAUUGCACCCAUGACGAACGACUUACACGUGGCCAUUGUUGGUGCCGGAGUGGGUGGUCUCGCUUUGGCAAUGGGGCUUCACAAGCGAGGUAUAUCCUUUACCCUGUAUGAAGAAGCAAAACAGUAUUCGGCAGUAGGGGCUGGAAUUGGCUUCGCGCCCAAUGGUCUACGGGCAAUGGACCUUAUUGAGCCCGGAUUUCGUCCCUUGUACGAGAACGUCUCUUGUGGAAACAAAGAUCCUAAGGCCCACGGUGUUUUUUUCGAAGGCUUGUUGGUAGAAGAGGGCCUUGGUUUGGAUCAGCCAUGGUCCGGCGAUCUCAAGUCGGCAUGGGGCCACCCUGACUUCCAUCGGAAAUCCGCUCAUAGAAGGACACUUCUCGAGGUCAUGACCAGCUUCUUUCCCAUUGAGAAUGUCAAAUUCAAUAAACGCCUGACGGGAAUUGAGCAACACCCCGACAAGGUGGUGCUCACGUUCGCCGAUGGUGAGAUCGCUGAAGCAAGCAUUCUAGCUGGCGCCGAUGGCAUUCAAUCCACCGUCCGAGCCCACGUGCUAUCACCCAAGUAUGCCGAACAAGUCGCUCCAGUUUACACGGACUCCUACUGCUAUCGAGGUGUGAUAUCAAUUGAGGAGGCUGAGGAGAUUUUCGGCAAGGGCGCUGACGUUGCGAAAAUGUACUGUGGUGAUGAACGGGGUGUCAUUACUUAUCGUAUCACUGGUGGCACGGAGUACAAUACGAUGAUGUCUGUGGUGGACCAUGACGGGUGGAAGCUGGAGAAUGCUGUGACCGAAAAGGUCUCAUUUGAGUCCAUGAUGGCCGACUACCAACGAAAGGGCAUAGAUGAGCGCUUCCGGAAGCUCCUCGCCAAGUGCAAACCCAUCAAAUGGGGUCUGUUUCACCACUUGAAUACGGCAACAUACUCUCGCGGUCGCGUGGUUCUUAUCGGCGACAGUGCCCAUGCCUCCCUGCCAUACCAGGCUGCUGGAGCUGCUCAAGGCUUGGAAGAUGCUUGGGUGUUGACUGCUGUCAUUGCGGAAAUCGCCAAGUUUCACAGGAGUACUGCAAGCUUGGGACCCGAAAUCGAUGCCGCUCUUAUUGCUUACGAUUCGGUACGACGACCGCGCGCAGAGCGUCAACUAAAUCGAGCUGCUGAAGUAGGUCGCAUGCUCCUCUUCCAGCAUGAAGAAACGGGCCCCGACAUGACCAAGAUCCUUGCGAAGCUACAAAAUGGAUGGUUUGAUUGGAUAUGGUUUCAUGAUAUCGACACAGAUGCGCAGAAAGCCUUGUCCCAACUGAGGGAAAACAAGCUUUGGUCUGAGAUCUGA